AUGCGACGCACCAUCCGAGAAUUUGAAGAGUAUGUAUACAGAAGUUACACGGAGGAACAGUGGGGGAAAGGAGGCGAGCGUCUUACAUUUUUGCAUUCAACUCAUCCCUAUCUUUCUUUACCAAAAUAUAGUCGGUUCAAUAAAAAGUAUCAAUACCCGUAUGUUUUUCUCAACGACGAGCCAUUCACCGAGAUUUUCAAGACUUCCAUUCGACAACUCACCGAUGCUCCUAUUGAAUUCGGGUUGGUCCCCAACUCCAUGUGGUCCGUGCCGGACUCGGUCAACCAGACCGUCAUGAAUGAAAAAAUGUCAGAAAUGCAAUCGCAAAACAUUCUCUAUGGCGGAUCCUUAUCAUACCGCCACAUGUGUCGUUUCAAUUCUGGCUUCUUCUACCGUCAUCCACUUAUUGCUAAAUAUGACUAUUACUGGCGUGUCGAACCAGGCGUCCACUUUUACUGCGACCUUGACUAUGAUCCAUUCUUAUUUAUGCAAGACAACAACAAAAAGUACAGCUUUACUAUCACACUCCAAGAGAUUCCACAAACGAUUCCAACGCUUUGGGACCACACCAUGAAAUUCGCUCACGCAAAUAACCUGGAAACAAACUUUUUACGCAUGUUUGGUGACGAGGAAAACGGAUACAACAUGUGUCAUUUUUGGUCCAACUUUGAAAUCGCUUCUUUGGAUUUGUGGCGAGAUAAUAGAUAUCAGGCAUACUUCAGUUACCUGGAUUCCACGGGCAACUUUUUCUACGAACGAUGGGGAGACGCAAUUGUACAUAGUCUAGCAGCCGGUAUGUUCUUGAACAAGUCUGAGGUGCAUUUUUUCAAUGAUAUCGGCUACAAGCAUGAUAACUUUGCUCAUUGCGUGGACGACGGUAUCUUUGGCAAGUGCAUGUGUCCAGAGGACACUGCCAAUUUUGACUAUGGGUGGGGCUCAUGUCUGCCGACGUGGAACGAAUUUCCCGAAAACGGUGUACGAUGGGAUUUCAAGUCGAACGGUGAUCAGAUUAUCGGUGAAGAAGGAAGGGUCGUCUCAAAACCAGAGUACGCUUUAUCCAAAAAGAAAUCAUCAUCGCCAAAAAAGUCAUCCAAAUCAUCGUCAUCAUCAUAG